AUGAGUCGCAAUCUCUUCCCGGUCGUUAUCGCUAUCGGAGUCGGUGUGUUCACAGGUUACUACACCUUUCAACCCUCAUUCCAACAGCUCGCGAUUGACAAGGCACACGGGGGCAAGCCUUCUACUCCUCAGUUUGACACAGGAUCAGCCUCGCCUGCCAGUGGAGUUUCACCGAAAGUUCAUCCUCAAACCUCGAAGCCAGCGCCUGGAGAACCUGACGUUGAAAGGAGCAAAUGA